UCCGACUAUUUUAUUUUAUCAUCAUUGAUGAAGAAAAAAAACUUUAAAGAACACACAUAAAGCCCUAAAACAGAUUAUCUUCCUUGCUGAGGUCAAAUCGAACGCCGCUGAUAGUCCCAUCUUCUUCUCCACAGUUCCAAAGAGAAGUUCACGACAAUGUUGGAUAUCAAUCUGUUUCGAGAAGAGAAAGGGAACAAUCCGGAGAUCAUCAGGGAAUCUCAACGCCGGAGAUUUGCCAGCGUUGAAGUCGUUGAUGAGAUCAUUUCUCUUGACAAAGAAUGGCGUCAGCGUCAAUAUGAAGUAGAUAAUUUCCGAAAAGAGUUCAACAAGCUCAACAAGGAAGUGGCCAAGCUCAAAAUUUCUGGUGGUGAUGCUACUCAGCUGAUUCAGCAAACAGAGAAAAAUAAAAAAGACUCUGCCGAGAGAGAGGCGGCAGUUCGUGAUGCUUAUGCUGCUUUGAAAGCCAAAUUGGAGACAGUUGGAAAUCUCAUCCAUGACUCGGUUCCAAUUGAUAACGAUGAGGCAAAUAAUCUCGUGACUAAAACUUGGGGUGAAAAGCGGGUUGCCACGCCUGGUCAGAAGCUGAAAAACCAUGUGGAUCUCGUUGAGCUUCUUGAAAUUGCAGAUACCAAGAGAGGUGCUGAUAUUGCUGGAGCAAGAGGCUUUUACCUGGUAGGAGAUGGUGUGGACCUUAACCAAGCUCUGAUCAACUUUGGGCUAACCUUCUUGAAAAAGAGAGGAUUCAAAAGAUUGCAACCUCCUUUUUUCAUGAGGAAGGAUGUCAUGGCCAAGUGCGCACAAUUGGCACAGUUUGAUGAAGAACUUUACAAGGUCUUUAAACGUUACAAAAACAUUUUGUUUGAUUUUGUUGUUGGACUUGUCUUGAGCUUUGAUUGUUGUUUUGUUCAGGUGACUGGUGAAGGAGAUGACAAAUACCUUAUUGCAACUGCUGAGCAGCCUCUUUGUUCAUACCAUGCUGAUGAAUGGAUCCAUCCGACUGAGCUUCCCAAAAGAUAUGCCGGUUAUUCGACCUGCUUUAGAAAAGAAGCUGGUUCCCACGGAAGAGAUACACUUGGCAUUUUCCGUGUUCACCAGUUUGAGAAAAUUGAACAGUUUUGCAUCACUGGUCCUAACGAGAAUGAUUCGUGGGCAAUGCUCGAUGAGAUGAUGAAGAACUCCGAAGAUUUUUACCAAGCGCUAAAACUUCCAUACCGAGUCGUGUCAAUCGUGUCUGGAGCAUUGAACGAUGCAGCUGCAAAAAAGUAUGACUUGGAAGCUUGGUUUCCUUCGUCGGAGACUUACAGAGAGCUCGUGUCCUGUUCCAACUGUACAGACUAUCAGUCUCGAAGGCUUGAGAUCAGAUACGGUCAGAAAAAGAGCAAUGAGCAGACCAAGCAGUAUGUGCAUAUGCUGAAUUCGACUCUUACGGCGACAGAGAGGACCAUUUGUUGCAUUCUCGAGAACUACCAGCGAGAAGAUGGUGUGGACAUCCCUGAGGUUUUGCAGCCGUUUAUGGGUGGAGAGACGUUUUUGCCCUUCAAGGCUAAGCCCGUAGCGGCCGAGACCAAAGGCAAAAAAUCUAAAGCUUGAUUGAUAUAUUGUGAUUUUCAUGAUACUGAUGAAAACUUCAACGUAAUUUUUCGUUUUUUUGUUCAACUUUUUUGGGACUUGCUUUGUGUUUACAUAAAAUCAUAGACAUUUUGUUAUCAUC